AUGGUACCCUCAAACCAUAACUCUCCUCUGGGACAUUCUAUUACUGACUUUGUUUUCAUUAACAAUCUCUUUCAAGUCAAUGCAAUUGCAAAUAGUGACAACAGGUUUUUAGAUUUGGUUAUAACCAGCUGCCGAGAUGCAUAUGUUGUGAGCCCUUCGAGCGAGCUGAGCAAAUGUUAUAAGCAGCAUCCUAAUCUACUGUUGAAUUUGCCCUACAAUAAACUUGUCUAUCUUAAGCCCAAAUGCAAGCCUAGAUAUAACUAUAGAGCAGAUUAUCCAUCCAUAGUUAAAAAUCUGAAAGGUGUUGAUUGGCAAACAAAGUUAUCGGGCUGUGAAAAUAUUGAUUUAAUGCUGAUAAAAUUUUACAAAAUAGUGGACGAUCUCUUAGAAGAAUAUGUGCCGAAACAAACCCUUAAUAAAUCUAAGUUCCCUAAAUGGUUCAGCACCUCCUUCAUCAAACUAUUACAAGAAAAGGAAAAAAAUCGGAAAAGGUUCAAAAAAUACAGAAACCCUAGAGACGAAAUUGAAUACCGUCUGCUCCGCUCUAGAUGCCACGCAAUGUACGAUAAAUGCUAUUCAGAUUAUAGGAAUAACAUCGAAGCUAAUAUCCCUAAAAACCCUAAGCUUUUCUGGAGCUUUAUUAAACAUAAAAGAGGUAGUGACUCAUCCAUACCUGCAUCUAUGAACUUGAAAGAUCAGGUAGUAAAAACAGGCCCUGACAUUGUGAAUCUUUUUGCAGAACAUUUUGCCUCAAUUUACUUGCCCAGCUCAACGCCUCCGGAUAACUUUACGCUUGAAUCUCAGUGCUGCGGGUCCCCACAACGGAUGUUGUGUUCAUUGGCUAUCGAAGAAAUUGAGGUGCUUAAAGCGAUCAAAAAGAUCGACUCUGCGAAGGGUGCUAGCCCGGAUGGGAUUCCGCCGGUAUUUGUGAAAAGAUGCGGCUCUGCUGUAGCUCUGCCUCUGUCCUUAAUAUUUAACCGAUCAUUAGCGGAUGGGACAUUUCCGUCCGAGUGGAAAAAAGCGCGCAUUGUACCAGUCUUUAAGAAAGGAGAAAAUUCUGACGUUAAAAACUAUCGCCCUAUUUCCAUCCUGUCUUGCUUCUCUAAACUAUUUGAAUCGAUUGUCUAUCCUGUAAUCUUUCGGCUUGUGGACAGUAGCAUCUCGGAUUCACAGCACGGUUUUAGACGUGGUCGCUCAAUCGUCACUAACUUGGUCCCUUAUAUUUCCAAUGUGUCUAAUGAAGUUGACUCAGGCAGGCAGGUUGACGCCAUCUACACCGACUUUAGCAGUGCUUUUGAUCGAGUUAACCAUUCAAUUCUUUUGAGGAAAUUAUGUGGGUUCGGUGUGGAUGGCCCACUUUUGAAAUGGUUCGAGUCUUACUUGCAACAGAGACCUCAGUCGGUGUCUGUAAAUGGAUUUAACUCAAAAACUUAUUUUGCAGAUACCGGUGUGCCCCAGGGAUCACAUUUGGGACCCCUUCUUUUCAUAAUCUUUAUUAACGACAUAGUCGAUAAAGUAAGUCACUGUAAGGUGUCACUAUUUGCCGAUGACCUCAAGAUAUACAAAACCAUAGUUUCUGUUGUCGACUGUCGCCAAUUGCAAAGUGACCUAGAUGCGAUCCUACAAUGGUGUCGCUGUAACAGUAUGACACUCAACGCAAAUAAAUGCUUUCACAUUAAAUUUACUAGAAAAAGAAAGCAACUUGCUACGGAAUAUAAGCUUGAUGGUACAGCACUGGCAGAAGUUAACGAAAUCCGAGAUCUUGGCGUGAUAGUUGACAGUCAACUUAAAUUCACCUCGCACAUUAACAAGUCUGUCACAAAAGCAGCUCAAAUGCUCGGAUUUUUGAAACGUAACUCGGGCGGAUUUAGGCGUCAGCGCACCAAAAUCUUGCUUUACCAAACCUUGGUGCGCAGUCAUCUUGAGUUCGCCAGCGUUGUAUGGAAUCCGUAUUAUGCCGUGCAUUCGCAACGCGUUGAGAGCAUUCAAAGAGCGUUCACUAGGCAUUUAGCUUAUAAUUCUAGCGGUUUUUCGCACAGAAAUCCUUACAAAGAGCGCCUAAUUAGGUUUCGAAUGUGUUCUCUUCGUGAACGGAGACUUUUAUUGGACAUGUCCUUCUUCCACAAAGUCGUAAGCGGUCAAUAUCAGUGCAGCUACUUUCUAGAGAACAUGCCUUUAAGGGUUCCCCGUACCUAUCCUCGCGGGAAACUCAAAUAUAUUUUCUACACCCCACCUGUAAAAUCUAAUUUGGGACGGCAGGCACCUCUCCGUAGAAUAAUUGAUGAGUAUCAUUCCCUUAUCACAGUGAUGCCCGAUCUUGAUGUGUUCCACGACAAGUUGCGUGUAUUUAAGGACAGAAUAGGAAAAGAGGAAAAGGGACCUUAA